AUGAACAUUGCAGCGUUUCCGGCAGUCAUCCAUGCUCAGAACUGCACCACCUGUGUUGGGGAUCGUGUCGCAUUACUUGCAAUCAAAUCCAAGAUUAAAGAAGACCCAAAAGGUCACAUGAUCUCAUGGAACGAUUCCCUUCAUUGCCAAUGGGAAGGUGUGACCUGCAACCCCAACCACCAAAGAGUCAUCGCCUUGAAUCUUUCCGAUGGAGGCUUACUCGGUUCCUUAUCUCCUUCCAUCGCAAAUCUAACCUUUCUCAGGGAGAUUCAGCUCCAAAACAACUUCCUUUCCGGUGAGAUUCCGCCUGAAGUUGGUCGUCUGUUUCUGUUACAAGAACUAUCUCUUUAUAACAAUUCUUUCCAGGGAAACAUUCCGGCCAGCUUAUCGAAUUGCUCAAAUCUCCAGGUGCUUGACUUGAGUCAAAAUAUUCUGGUUGGAAACAUUCCCGCCAGCUUAUCGAAUUGCUCCAACCUCCGGUCGCUUGUUUUGGGUCAAAAUAAUCUGGUUGGAAAGAUCCCAGAAGAACUUGGUUCCUUGUUGAUGCUAAACCAACUCAUCCUUCCGGUCAACAAUUUCUCAGGUGGGAUUCCAAGGUUCAUCGGGAGUCUUACAUCCCUUGAAAUUCUUUCCCUUGGUAAAUGUGGACUCGGUGGAAGCAUUCCAGAUGUCUUUCACCGGUUGAGUUACCUCACAUUUAUUGUAUUGGUUGAAAAUAAACUUGUUGGUUCCAUCCCACCUUCUCUUUACAAUCUUUCCUCUUUAGAGAUACUACUUCUAGAUGAUAAUCGACUCACUGGUAGACUACCCACGAACUUAGGUUCGAUGCAGCCUCAUCUUCAGGCACUUUCUAUUCCCGAUAACCACUUUUCAGGUCCCUUACCAACAUCUGUUCUCAGUUCCUCGAAUCUUGAAAUCCUUGAUCUUUCUCGAAACAACUUCUCUGGAAAACUAGUAAUCACUUCUCGUGAAGCAUGUAAUCUUGAAGUCUUGUAUCUAGGUUCGAAUCAUUUUGGGAGCGGGGAGGAUGAUGAAAUGACGUUUAUAGAGGCUUUGUCGAUUUGCAAAAACUUAAGAAUGUUAGAUAUUGGUUACAAUCAGAUGAAAGGUUUUUUGCCACAUUCUCUAGGAAACUUGUCGAAUACACUAAGUUUUCUAAGCCUUGCUUCAAAUGCUUUUUCUGGUGGCCUUCCUUCAUCGGUUGGUAAUCUUUCCGGCCUAACUUCUCUAGACUUGUCUAAUAACAAACUCAAAGGCACAAUUAAUCAGGUGAACUUUAGCAAUCUUGGAAGUUUACAGAAACUAGAUCUUAAGAAUAACUCUUUCUCAGGGAACAUUCCUGGUUCUUUAGGAAAUCUUUCAUUAUUGAUUGAACUCGACCUGGGCUUAAAUGAAUUCAAUGGUAGCAUGCCAUCGAGUUUAGGGAACUGCAAGAGGUUGAUAAAGUUAAGCAUCGAUCAAAAUAACCUUACUGGAGAAAUACCCAGGAAACUAUUUGAACUCUCAACGCUAUCCAUUAGCUUGAAUUUGGGUGGCAAUCAAUUGUCCGGAGAACUUCCACAAGAGGUUGGCAACCUUAAGAACUUAAACGAAAUUAUUCUGGAAAAUAAUCGAUUGUCAGGAGAUCUUCCUACCACCAUUAGCAGCUGUAGCAGCCUUGUGAAUCUCGACAUAAGCAACAACUUCUUUCAGGGAACUCUUCCAUCGUCGUUGAGAUCUUUGCGGGCCCUUCAAACUUUUGACGCCUCGCAUAACAACUUUACAGGGAAGAUCCCAACUUACUUUGAAGAAAUUCCUUUGGAGAAUCUCAACAUAUCAUUCAAUGGUUUUGAGGGGGAGGUAUCGAGCAAAGGAGUGUUUUCUAACGCAAGUGCGGUAUCUCUUGUUGGAAACAAUCGGCUUUGUGGUGGCGUACCUGAACUCCGGUUGCCUAAGUGCCAUUCUACAAAUCCAAAGAAGAAAAAAUGGCUGAGAUUUGCAGUUAUAUCAGCUAUCCUUUUAGUUGCAGUUUUGAUUGGCAUAGCUGUGGUGGUGUUUUUUGUGUUUUAUCGAACAAAAAGUGAAAUCAAAGAUGAUGUAAGUCAUGAGCCUAUAUCCCGAGAGUCCCUCGUUCAGGUUUCUUACGAAAUGCUCUACAAAGCAACUGAUGGGUUUUCCACUAAAAACUUCAUCGGUGAGGGUAGCUUUUCAUCAGUUUAUAGAGGAAACCUCGAUGCAGAUAGUGGGAUUGUAGCUAUCAAAGUACUUAACCUCCAUCGUAGAGGAGGUUCCAAGAGUUUCAUCGCUGAGUGUGAAGCACUGAAAAAUGCCCGACAUAGAAACCUUGCAAAAGUUAUAACUUGUUGCAGUGGCAUCGACUUCCAAGGAAAUGAAUUUAAAGCCAUUGUUUAUGAGUUCUUGCCUAAUGGAACUUUAGAUCAAUGGUUGCAUGACGUGCAAAACAAGCUCCCUCGACUCAGUCUACUUCAAAGAGUGUGUGUAGCAUUGGAUGUGGCUUACGCACUUGAAUAUCUUCAUCGUCACACGGGAAAGACUAUUGUGCACUGUGAUUUGAAGCCAAGCAACAUUCUACUUGAUGAAGACAUGGUUGCACAUGUUGGAGAUUUCGGGCUUUCGAAGAUCCUUCAACCUGAGUACAAAAUUAGACAGCAUAGCAGCUCAACUGGAGUUAGAGGAACCGUCGGAUAUGCAGCUCCAGAAUAUGGGCUUGGGAGCCAGGUAUCACCAAGUGGCGAUAUGUACAGUUAUGGGAUUUUGUUGUUGGAGAUGAUCACAUGUAAGAAACCUACUGAUGUUAUGUUUGGAGAUGGGCUUACCUUACACAGUUAUGCCAAGAAAUCCAUGGGUGUUGGUGCACUUGAAAUCGUAGAUCCAUUGCUUCUGAAUGAUGAAGAUGGGAAACUUGCUAUGAGAAAGAAUGAGAGAGGUAUAGCACAGAAAACACGUUACAAGAAAACACAAAACUGUUUGCAUUUAUUAAUUGAAAUUGGAGUGUCAUGCUCUACGGAAUCGCCACAGUAUCGAAUGGAUGCUCAGUGUGUUGUCGAAGAACUUCGCAUAGUUAAGGAUGAUAUUUUAGGGAAAUCUACUCUUGUUUCAUCUUCUAUUUAA